AUGAAUGGAAACAACAAAGUUGUUCCAUUAUUCAGUAUUAAUGUUGAUAGUGACCAAAAUUAUCAAAGAUAUGCAUCUCGUCGUAAGUCGUCUGUUGUGCGGGAAAUAUCCGAUAGAAUACACUCUGUACUAAACCGAGAAGAGGACGAAAUUGACGCGUCAUUAGAUGGAAAAUUUCGUCUCAAAGAACAGAUUAACGUCAGAGAUGUCAUUGCAAGCAACGGUCAUCCGACCUUGGAAGCAAAUCAUUAUCAAAGAAGAGGGAGUUCCUUGGCAGAAAGCGUUACAUUACCGGGAGAAAGCAGGAAACCUCCCGUGGAAAUCAGGAAAUGGUUUGUGGUGGUCAGCAGUUUCGUUAAUAUGGUCAUUACUGGCGGUUUUCCGUUCAAUAUGUCCGUCCUGUUUGUGGAGUUUUUACGAGCUUUUGGGAGAAGCAAAGCAGAAACGUCAUUGGUACAGUCUGUAUGUACAGGAUCCUUUUUCAUUGGAGGUUUUGUGACUGGUACCUUUGUUUUAAAAUUUGGAACAAGGAUAUGCGGGUGCUGUGGUGCUCUGUUAUCAGCGAUCGGAAUUGGUGUUUGUUUCCUAGCGACAGGUCUGGAGUUCCUGAUUAUUUUCAUAGGGGUCAUGGCAGGUAUUGGAUUCUCUCUUAAUGUCAUUAGUGCAUCUACGAGUAUAUCCCAAAACUUCUCCGGAAGGGAAAAAGUGAUAAUUCUGUCAAUUGUUUCCACUGGCUCGGGUAUCGGGGGAUUGAGCUUCCCUUUGAUCCUUCAGUAUUUUACGGACAGGUACAGUUGGAGAGGUUGUCUUCUGAUCAUUGCUGGAGUGGUAUUAAACCAGUUUGCUUGUGGACUCAUGUCUGGACCAAGCUGCGGUGUUCUGACGUCGAAGAGCUCAAUUCCUCAAAAGAAUCAGGAAGACAUCGAUGAAAACAACGAACCCAGACAUGGUUGCUUUUCUAGGUUUCAAACUUUAUUGAAGAACAAGGUGUUCUUAUUGUUUUGUUUUGCCAUAGCAUUUGCGUUGGCAGCAUUCAAUUCCUUUUUAAUUUUCUUCAUUGACUACUUUGAAGAGAAAGGUUUCGAUAGAUCUUCUGUGGUGUGGUUAUACACUGGAAUGAAUAUCAUAAGCACAAUAUUCCGAUUUAUUCCUGGUUUUAUGGCACAGAGUCCAAAAAUCCCAAAGCUAGCAAUACCAGCUAUGUAUUCAGCGUUCGGAUUUUGCAGUCUUGCCCUUCUUCCCUUCGUAACUUCAUAUAUACUUAAUGCUAUCGUGAUUGGAUGUUAUGGUGUAGCGCUUGGUGGAGUGGUCACAGUUAUGUCCAUUACCACUAUGGAGCUGGUAGGGGAUGAAAAUUAUCCUACCGCUUAUGGAAUGGUUUUAGCCACUGUCGGGAUAGUAAAUACUGCUGGUGCUCCCAUAUCAGGUUACAUUAGAGACAUCUCUGGAUCUUACAAGUACAGCGUACUAUCGGCCGCCGGAAGUGAACUUAUUGCGAGUAUAGUAUUCACCAUAACAGCCAUAUACCAUAAACGGAAUAGUACAGACCCAUUGUCCAGAUUCAACAGAGAAAUAGAAAUCCAAGCAAGGCGGAAAUCCAAAAGACGAUCCAGUAUUCUACCGUGGAGGCGGAGCGUUGACCUGGGACUUGCCUUGUGAUCUCGGUCAACGGCUCUCUAAAUACGAAGACGGCAAACAAAUUGGUUAGAGAGUAUGGAAAAAUAAAAUUUCUACUUUUUCUGAUUGAUUCAUACUGGUGCGUUUAUGUGACAUUGUUAAAUAGUUGGUUUUUUUUUUUUUUAUUAUUUCCUAGAGCAAAUUAGAAUAAGUUUUACAAAUUGUUGAUCCGUUUACAACAAUUAUCAUCCUGUAAACUACGAUUAUUACGUAUACAUGUGUAGCCAGGUAUAUUUGAAAACUCUUUUAAAACAUAAAUUUCGAUGAUUUUGUUUUGUUGAAUGCUAUUGCAUAUACACAGUAACAAUUUCCACAUCGCAUAUAUACAUGUACAUGUACUUCCACCUGCACUCUAAAUAUCUUUUGGUAAAGAUGAAUCCUAAGAAUC